GUUAGAAAUAUCUUGACACGCAGAAUUUUAGCCUAUUUAUAAGAGCAGCGAAAGAAGAGGGAGAGACACAAACAAAUAGAAAAGAAAAGAAAAACAGAGUUGAAUAUUGUAGCUAUGGCUCGGACUUUGCAAGGCGAGUGGAUCAAGGUGGUGCAGAAAGGAGGACAUGGACCAGUACCAAGAUGCUCACACGGCAUAGCCGUGGUCGGACACAAGCUCUACUGUUUCGGCGGCGAGUUUGUGCCAUACGAGUCUAUCGACAAAGACCUUUAUGUCUUUGACUUCAACACUCACACUUGGUCAAUCGCUCCGGCCAAGGGAGACGUUCCAACCAUCAAAGCCUUAGGCGUCCGCAUGGUGGCCGUGGGAACUAAGCUCUAUGUAUUCGGAGGCCGCAAUAAAAAGUUAGAGUUCGAGGACUUUUACUCGUACGACACGGUGAAAGAGGAGUGGAAGUUCCUGACGAAGCUCGAUGAAGAGGGAGGACCCGAGGCUCGUACUUUCCAUGCAAUGGCUUCAGAUGAAAACAACGUGUACGUAUUCGGUGGGGUGAGCAAAGGCGGGCUGAAUGCAACCCCGUUUCGGUUCAGAACGAUCGAGGCGUAUAACAUUGCCGAUGGGAAAUGGUCUCAGCUACCGGAUCCUGGCGAGGAUUUCGAGAAAAGAGGAGGAGCCGGAUUCCUUGUGGUGCAAGGGAAGAUUUGGGUGCUUUACGGGUUCGCGACUGCUAGUGAUCCUGAUGCACCCAAACUCUACGGGUCCAGUGACUACGAGUCUAACCAUGUGCACUACUUUGACCCCGCUACUCAAAAAUGGACCCAAGUGGAGACCAAAGGUUUCGAGAAACCUCCUGCGAGGAGCGUCUUUGCGCAUGCGGCUGUGGGAAAAUAUAUAUUAAUAUUUGGAGGCGAGAUUGAGCGGGACCCGGAAGCACAUAAAGGUCCGGGGACGUUGUCCCGUGAGGGUUUUGCGUUGGACACUGAGACAUUGGUGUGGGAGAGGUUUGGAGGAGGAGAAAAACCGAGCAACCGCGGUUGGACGGCCUCCACGACGGCCACCGUCUAUGGAAAGAAAGGUCUCCUCAUGCAUGGAGGAAAACUUCAGACCAACGCACGCACCGGUGAGAUCUACUUCUACGCUGUCGAUUCCGCUUAAUCAGUUACAUAUAUGCUCUCACUCUCAAUGUUUUAUAUAAUUCAAUAAAUGUUUGUGAGACCCUACGCGUCACUGUUUUUUUUUUAAAGUUAUUAAAUCAAAUAAAUGUGUGUCAGUGUGUGCUGUGUGUGUCUGUGGCUUGGAAACUGUUAUCACUGGAAUAAUAUGUGUUUUCGUGUACGUGAGUAUAAUAAAUUAUAAACUAUGUGAAAUUAUCUACAAAUUUGUCGCAUCAUUUUAUUUCCCU